CUGUUGAAAGUUUACUUUUGUUUGAAUAUCAUUGCACAAAAAAUGAAAAUGCUUUGUUGUUGCUGUCCAAUAUCAAGAGGCAAUUUUUACUGAAGUUUAAGCUAGAUCGCCUAGAUUAAUAUCACUUUUUUGAAAAUAAAAAUGUAAAUAUUCCGAAGCUACGCAUGAGUUACUAUAUACGAUGCAUUUCUGCUUGUAUCAAAAUGGUGAAAAUGAUAUAUUUUAAAUUGUUGGUGAAAGUUUACGAAGUGAAAAUUGUCAAAUAUUUUGAUGUUAAUAGCUCUGUUUGAAUAUCCUGUCUAAGUGAUGUGUGUAUUAGAUACUUUGUUUGCUUAUUUCCAGUUUGAUUUGUGUCCGGUCACUGAUCUCUGUUGGUCUGGGUAUGGUUUUGCGCUUAAUUUCAUCAUUUUGCUGCUUUGAUCUUUUAUGCAUGCAUGGGCUCUGUUGGGGAAUCCAGUUGGUUUUGAUUGUAUAUAUCUACUUUGAUUUGUGAGAUUGUUGAAUUCAAAACUAUCUGAAUUCACCAACAGAAUGAAUAUUUAAAAACUAUUGCGAGGAAGCUGAGAAUGAACAAAUGGCAUUGAGGUGUAGUUGUGCCAAUGCUGCUUAAAAGAGAGAGAGAAUGAACAGUCAGUUAGUAGGCUUUCUGUCAUGAAGUCAGCUAGUAAAUUUUGGCUUAUGUAAUUUGUAUUGUCAGGUUAUUCUGGAAGACGACCCCUCUCAUGAUUCUGACUAGAUGCUUCCCUCUUUUUUCUUCCUUUCAGUUGUCCAAAUUGAUAUUGAUGGGCUUCAAAAUAAGUUCCUUCUCUAUUGUAUUAUGCACAGGAACUUCUGUAGAAGUGUGUUGUUGAUUAAUAACGUGACAUGUUUUCGAGCAUGCAUGUUUAUUAUGGAAUGAUUUGUAUGGUGAAAAGUGCCAACUUAAUUCCCUUGGAAGAAUGUGUUAGUAUAUAAGCAGAUCAUAUUGAGUUGUGGUCACCUCACAAAAUCUAGGUCAAAUUACGCCCAGAAGUAAAUUAAACAUACCUUUUGGUUCAUCGGCAGGGAGAUCCUCUGUCUGUGAAAGUGAACAAGCUGACUUCUACAAAGACACAACUUCCUUACUCGUUCUAUUCUGUUCCUUUCUGUCGUCCAGAAAAUAUAGUGGAUAGCAGAGAAAAUCUUGGAGAAGUGCUUCGUGGUGAUCGAAUUGAGAACUCCCCUUAUGCGUUCAAAAUGAGGGAACCAGAGAUGUGCCAUGUUGUUUGUAGGCUUGUACUUGAUGACAAGACUGCUAAGGAAUUUAAAGAAAAAAUUGAAGAUGAAUAUCGUGUCAACAUGAUCCUAGAUAAUCUGCCUUUAGUUGUUCCAGUUCGGAGGUUAGAGCAAGAAGCCCCUCCUGCCUAUCAACAGGGAGUUUAUAUUGGUGUAAAAGGACAAUAUGCUGGGAGCAAGGAUGAGAAGCAUUUCAUCCAUAACCACUUGACAUUCACUGUUAAGUACCAUAAAGAUUUGCAGACAGAUUCAGCCAGAAUUGUGGGAUUUGAAGUCAUGCCAUUCAGUGUUAAGCAUGAAUAUGAUGGAAAAUGGAGCGAGAAUACUCGUUUAACAACAUGUGAUCCACAUGCAAAGCGGACUGUAUCUAAUUCGAAUUCUCCUCAAGAGGUUGAGACUAACCAAGAAAUCAUAUUUACAUAUGAUGUUGAAUUCCAGGAGAGUGAUGUCAAGUGGGCGUCGAGAUGGGAUGCCUAUCUUCUGAUGGCUGAUGAUCAGAUCCAUUGGUUCUCGAUAGUAAAUUCUUUAAUGAUUGUGCUGUUCCUAUCAGGCAUGGUGGCGAUGAUAAUGCUGAGAACACUUUAUCGCGACAUUUCCAAGUACAAUGAACUGGAGACCCAGGAGGAGGCACAAGAAGAAACCGGAUGGAAACUAGUCCAUGCAGAUGUUUUCAGGCCUCCAAGUAACUCAGAUUUGCUUUGUGUCUAUGUUGGAACUGGUGUACAGUUUUUCGGUAUGAUGGUGGUGACCAUGAUGUUUGCUGUCCUUGGGUUUCUCUCCCCUUCGAAUCGGGGUGGGCUAAUGACCGCUAUGCUCUUGCUCUGGGUUUUCAUGGGACUCUUUGCGGGCUACUCUGCUUCCCGUCUCUAUAAGUUGUUUAAAGGUACAGAGUGGAAGAGAAUUGCUCUCAGGACAGCAUUUCUGUUUCCAGCUACUGUCUUUGCCAUCUUCUUCGUCUUGAAUGCACUCAUCUGGGGUCAAAAAUCAUCUGGGGCUGUGCCAUUUGGAACAAUGUUUGCUUUGGUGUUCUUAUGGUUUGGAAUAUCAGUCCCUCUCGUGUUUGUGGGCAGUUAUGUUGGUUUUAGAAAGCCAGCCAUUGAGGAUCCAGUGAAGACUAAUAAAAUACCCAGGCAGAUCCCAGAGCAGACUUGGUACAUGAACCCUAUCUUCUCAGUCCUAAUCGGAGGCAUACUUCCAUUUGGAGCUGUUUUCAUUGAGCUCUUUUUCAUUCUUACCUCAAUCUGGCUCAACCAAUUUUACUACCUCUUCGGCUUCCUCUUCAUUGUGUUUGUCAUUCUGAUAGUGACCUGUGCCGAGAUAACCAUCGUCCUAUGCUAUUUCCAGUUAUGCAGUGAGGACUACUUGUGGUGGUGGAGAUCCUACCUGACAUCAGGCUCGUCCGCACUUUACCUCUUCCUUUAUGCUACCUUCUACUUCUUCACUAAGCUUGAUAUCACUAAGCCUGUUUCUGGGAUCUUGUACUUUGGUUACAUGUUGAUUGCUUCAUAUGCAUUUUUCGUUCUGACUGGUACCAUCGGUUUCUACGCAUGCUUCUGGUUCACAAGACUCAUUUACUCGUCUGUGAAGAUCGACUGAUCACUCCCAGAUUCUCAGUUCCACUGCCCUUACUGGUUAUCAACAAGAUUGCUGUAGAAGAUCAUUACACUUGAAUAUCCAAGUACUUGUAUUCCUUUAGAAGUCAUCUUAAUUUGUCCACCAAUUUUUGAACAUAAGAUUAUUAUAAUAUUUUAGUAAAAUUUUCCAGUGGUAGUUCAGAUAAAAAGCUGUCUUUUUUGUUUUAUAGAGGUUUCCAGAUGCCAUGUAAUAUCUUACAACUUGUGAAGUAUUCCUUUACAACUUGGUUAAGUAGAUGUUUCUAUGUAACAA